UUUAAAAGACCGGACUUGGGAGUCUGGCCUGAGUUUCCCUGUAUUUCAGGCUAUUUUUGAAAAUUCCCAAAUGCCAUACCCUUUCGUUUCCAACUUUCCAUAGAGACCAGUUAACUGUUGUGAAAUUCCGAGCUCCAAGAAGACUUCGUUCUAUACAGUCAGAUUUCUCGCUUUAUUUUCCGUUAAUCGGGUAGUUAAAAAUUCUUCUUUUGGUUGAAGACACACCCGAAGGCAGAAAUUAUUAAAACAGGGAUAAUUUAAACAUGUCAGCUCUCUUCAAUUUCCACUCUUUCCUCACAGUGGUGUUGUUAGGCAUCUGUACCUGCACUUAUUUGAAGAUGCAAUUUCCAGCUCUUCUUGAGCAGAGAACUGGGUUUGUAGGUGUCUUCUGGAAGGCUGCUAGAAUAGGCGAGAGAUUGAGUCCUUGGGUGGCUGUAGGAUGCUUCACAAUGGGUGUCUCAAUAAUCUUCUUCUAAGAGGAGAGCUGUUUACAAGACAACAAGAGGCAUGAUAACCUCUUUGGAAACAGGAGGUUGCCAUUCCCCAAUUCGAGCUGAAACCAAAACCCUUCCCGAGUUGGGAUUGCUGGCUGGAAGUUAGCACCGACAGCUCCUAUAGAAGGAAAUGUACUCAUUGAGCAUAUUAAUCAUGAACCUUCAAAACCAUGUUAUUAUACACAACAACAAAGUCAGUCUUGUUCUCAAUAAAUUUAGGGUCGGUUGUAUGAAUCA